AUGAUGCGUCGUUUGCUUUCAACGACAUCAUCUGUGCCACCGCAGCUUGCCGUUCUGCGUGGCUCCGCGGUCUCUUCGCUGUGGCUCUCACAACAGUCCCGCAGUCAAUCUGAUGUUCCCGAACGCCGUUUAUUAUAUGAAAACGAUAGUUUCUUAAAUGGCUCCUCCGCCAUGUAUCUCGACACGGUUUACCAGAACUGGAAGGCAGACAGAAACUCGGUGGACCCUUCAUGGGAUAAAGUUUUCUCCGCAAGGGAACUGCAGGAUUAUGAAAAGCCUAUUUUAAACGCACCAAUUCGUGUGAUACCAACAACCUCAGCAGAUGAUACAACGGUUAAGCAAUCACUUGAUGACUGUGGAAGACUUACAUGGAUGAUUCAAGCUUUUGAAGAUCGUGGUCAUUUAAUGGCUUCUACAGAUCCAUUAAACUACGAAAAUGAUGAUCCCACACGACGUACUCCAUCGCGUAGGUUUAGAGAAUUAUUACGUCUUGAUUUGGGUUUCUUUGGAUUUACACCAGAUGAUUAUAACCGGGUGGUACGUGUUGGAUUUCAAGAUGAGGUUGGUGGAGUACUGAACACGAACAGUCGACCAAUGACGAUUAAAGAACUUCAUGAACACCUCACCAAACGUUAUUGUGGAAAGGUUGGAUACGAGUUAUCGCAUAUUGUUGACAGAGAGUCUGUACGUUUCAUGCGAGAGGCGGUGGAAAGUGAGGGAGGUCCUUACAAUCCACUUCACCGCAGUCUCACUAAAGAGGAACGUCUAUGGACAUGGGAUAUUGUUGCCUCCGCUGUACACUUUGAAGACUUUUUCAAACGGAAAUAUUCUACUCAAAAACGAUUUGGUGCAGAUGGAGCAGAAUCUCUUAUUCUUGGUCUUCGUGCCCUUCUUGAGGUUUCUUCUAAUCAUGGUAUUGAAAAGGUAAAUAUUGGUAUGGCACACCGUGGUCGUCUUAAUGUACUUUAUCACGUUAUUGGAAAACCUUUUCCUGUUUUAUUGAAAGAGUUUAUGGGUAUCACAGCACCAGAAUUAGAACCUUUUAAAAUUCAAUCAGAUGUUAAGUAUCAUCUCGGAGCACGUUCUACUAUAGAUUUACGUAAUGGAAAGAAAAUGGCUACAGAAAUGCUCGCUAAUCCAUCACAUCUUGAGGCAGUAAACCCUGUUGUACAAGGAUAUACACGAGCGGAACAAAUUUCAUACAAGAGUGAUGGACAAUUAAAAGUUCUCCCUGUUGAAAUUCAUGGAGAUGCGGCUUUCAGUGGUCAAGGUAUCGCUUUUGAGUCUAUGUGUAUCAGUGAGGUUGGUGAAUUCUCCACAGGAGGUACUAUUCACGUGGUGGUAAAUAAUCAAAUUGGGUUUACUACUGAUCCCAAAUGUUCUCGUAGUAGUGCUUAUUGCACAGACCUUGGUCGUGUUUUUCAGUGUCCUAUUUUUCACGUAAAUGGUGAUUCUCCUGAAGAUGUGGUUCGUGUGUUUGAAUUUGCUGCUGAUUUCCGUGCUAAAUUUAAUAAAUCUGUCGUUAUUGAUCUUGUCUGUUACCGCCGUUUUGGACACAAUGAAAAUGAUGAUCCAAGUAUUACUCAACCACUUAUGUACAAUCGCAUUAGAUCCAUGGGAGAUUUGUUUGCCAAAUAUUCCGAUGCAUUAAUUGCCGAUGGUGUUAUUACACAACAACAACGAACAGCGAAAUCUAUUGCAGAAAAGGAACGUUAUGGUGCUUUUCAAAAUGAAGCAAGUAAGGUUCAUUACAGCCAAUUUCUCAGAUCAUGUAUCCCAGAUUUAUGGAAAAAUAUGAAGUACUCGGAUGAAUUGGGAAAAGUAAAGCUAGAGCCUACAGCUGUUCCUCGUGAAAAGUUACAACCUGUCUUGGAUGCCCUUAAAACUAUUCCAGAAGACUUUGCGGUACACCCCAAACUAAAGAGUGUAUUGGAUCGCCGUAAUGAAUCUCUUGAAAAGGGUGAAGGUAUUGACUGGGGUGGUGCGGAGGCAUUGGCAUUUGGAUCACUCCUCUUGGAUGGCAUUCACGUUCGACUAAUGGGACAAGAUGUGGAACGUGGAACCUUUUCACAGCGGCAUGCUGUUUUACACGAUCAGAAAAAAGUUGGUCAUUACAUUCCACUUGCACACAUUCAAGAAGACCAGGCACCUUUUGUGGUGACCAAUAGUCCUCUCAGCGAGUAUGGAGCCCUUGGCUACGCUAAUGGUUAUUCCCUUAAUGAUCCCAACAGUCUUGUGAUAUGGGAGGCACAAUAUGGGGAUUUUGCAAAUGGGGCAGCUAUCAUUUUUGAUCAAUUCAUCUCCGCUGGGGAAUCCAAGUGGAAUCAACAGCAGUCCGUGGUGGUUUCACUUCCACACGGUUACGAUGGAAGAGGUGCGGAACACAGCAGUGGUCGUAUUGAACGAUUUCUACAAGCCGUAUCGGAGGAUGUGGAGACGCCCGCCUAUUCUCAAGCAGAACGCGCACACCGUGUGAAUAUGGAAGUGGUGUACCCAAGCACACCAGCACAGUAUUUCCAUCUCUUGCGAAGACACGUACGUCGGGAUUUUCGUAAACCACUGAUUCUCUUCUUCUCUAAACAGUUCCUCCGUUCACCUAAUGAGUCAAGUAUGGAGGAAAUCACCUCAGGUCAGUUUUAUCCUGUUAUUAAGGAUACAUCUGUACCUCCUGAAAAGGCCCGUCGUCUUGUUUUAUGUACAGGACAACUUUAUCACAUUCUUCAUGCAUACCGUAUGGCUAAUGGAAAGACAGAUGUAGCACUUGUUCGUAUUGAAGAACUCUCACCAUUCCCAGUGGCAGAGGUACAAAGUCUACUGAAGGAGUACAGUAACGCUGAAUUAAUGUGGGCACAGGAAGAACCCAAAAACCAGGGAGCAUACUAUCAUGUGGAACCACGCAUUGAAUUUUACACAAAGGGCAAACGGGAGUUGUUGUAUGCAGGUCGUGGUAUCAGUGCCUCACCGUCUACGGGAUAUAAGAGCGCACAUGAUGUAGAGGAAAAACAUAUUUGUGAAGUUGUUUUUGCAUAA